GUAUUGGCUGAAGCGAUCGCGACGGACUGUGUGAAGUGCACCGACGUGCAGAAGGGCUUCGUUGGGAAGAUCAUUCCGUUCCUGCGCAAGAACCGCGUGGAGGAGUGGAAGCGGCUCCAAGCCAAGUACGACCCUCAAGGCGCUUGGGCCAAGGCUCACUCGGACGUCUAA